AUGUUGGUUGAAGCUUCCUCCGACACGGCGUAUUCCACGGCCGACGAGAUCCAGGCCGUAAAGCCCGCACACACGCGGAACGUAUCAACUGUCUCGUCGGCCACGGCGUUUUCCACAUCCGAUGUCUACGUACAGGCGCAUCAGGAGAAGGCGGGGAGUGGGAAACCGAACGGGUGGGUGAAGGGGCAUGCCCACACGGCCUCCACGGCCACGGACAACUCGGUGUUCUCCAUCAUCCACGGCAACCACACCAAGCGGGAGAGCUACUCAUCGGUGUUGUCCGACCUAGAGGCCCAAGAUCCCGAGUAUGACGACUUCAAGCGCAAGCGGUUCGGGCACGCCCGAUACAUGAUCAUGACGGUGUACCGUCGGUUGUUCAGUCUGGCAUUCAUCGGCAACGCUAUCGCCUUCAUCUACCUCAUGUACAAAGGGGUGGCUCCACUGGAUCUAGUCAACGCGUCCGCCAUCAACAUCACGAUAUGUGGCCUGUGCCGCCAACCGCUGGUUAUCAACAUGCUGUACAUGAUCUUCGGUGGCCUGCCAAGAUCAACACCCAUGUGGUUGAAGCGGCUGGCCUGCAAGAUUGGCCAUCUCGGCGGGGUACACAGCGGAACGGGUGUGGCCGCGUGCGUGUGGUAUAUCGGGUUCGCCGGGACAUACACCUACCACUUUGUCCCCUCGCCCAUAUCCAUCGCCGUGCUGACGCUGGUCUGGUUUGUACUGGCGCUACUGCUCGCCAUCAUCGCUGUGGCACACCCAACUUUCCGGCGCAAGUACCACGACUACUUUGAGCUCACGCACCGCUUCUCUAACUGGGCGAUUCUCGUCCUCUUCUGGGUGCUCAUCUUCCUGCUUGGCGCACAGGAGCCCAACCUCUCCUCCUUCCUCAUCAACCUACCGGCCUUUUGGAUCAUCAUCAUCUUGACGGCUGCAACCAUCCACCCCUGGCUGCUGCUCCGCAAGGUACCCGUCAAGGCUGAACGCCUUUCGCCGCACGCCAUCCGCCUGCACUUCUCCCACACCCAGGUCAAGUUUGGCCACGGCAUGUCGCUCUCGCGCCACCCGCUCAAGGACUGGCACGGCUUCGCCAGCUUCCCCGACACGUUUGACGCGCCCGACACCAAGUUCUCGGUGCUCGUGUCCAAGGCGGGCGACUGGACGCGCGAUGUCAUCAACAACCCACCUACUUACCUGUGGAAGCGCGGUGUCCCGACGUUUGGCUUUGGCUACGUGGUGCGCAUGUUUGACCGCAUCAUUGUCGUCACGACAGGGUCUGGUAUCGGCCCGUGCCUGUCGUUUUUGGAGGACGCCAAGCGGCCGGCGAUGCGGGUGGUCUGGCAGACCAAGAGUCCCAUCAAGACCUACGGGGAGAAGACGCUGGAUUUGGUGCGGCGGAUGGACGAGAACCCGCUGGUGAUUGAUACGUCGGUGACGGGGCGGGUCGAUAUGCUGCCGGCGGUUUUGAGGAUGUACAAGGACUUUGAUGCGCAGGCGGUAAUUGUCAUCAGCAACCCGCCAAUGACGAAGAAAUUGGUGUAUGGGCUGGAGUGCAGGGGGAUUGCGGCGUACGGGCCAUUGUUUGACAGCUGA